AUGAACAGCAAUGCGUAUGGCUUAGAAUUAGAACUAGAGCAGCAAGAUCAUAAAAGGGUACAUUUCUUAGAUAUAAGGGUCGAAAUAGAUGAAGAAGGGCAAAUCGCUACAAAAGUAUAUAGAAAGCCGACGAAUGUUUCGGAUUUGAUACCAUGGUCCUCUCAUGACCCAACAAGCUACAAACUAGCAGCGUUUAGAGCACUGAUUAAAAGAGCAUACACUCAUUGUAGCAAGGUAUAUGACACACGUAAAGAACUUGAAUACAUCGCAAAAUUAGAAAGAGAUGUAAAACUUAAGCAAAGUAAAGUAGAAGCCGUAAUACAAAAAGCAGAAAAAGGAUGCAAUAAGACUGGAGAUAAGAAAGAGAAAAAACAGUUCACCAUAAUAGAAUACAGGGCGCCGUUAAGUAACAUAUACAGAAAAAUAGGAAUAGAAAGCAACAAGAAGAUAGCAUAUAAGAGAAACACGACAAUAUACCAAAUGCUAAAAAAUGACAAAACACCCGUAGACUGGAGGCUAGUUCCAGGUGUGUACAGAAUACCGUUGCAUGAUAAAAUGCUGAAAAAAGACCUAUAUUAUAUUAAAGCCACAAAUAGAUCAUUAAAGGAAAGAUUGGAGAAGCACGAAAAAAAUAUAAGAUUUAAACAACCAAUCACAACUUUAGCUAAUUAUGCGAUUAGCUAA